AUAUCGAUUAGAAGCCUUUUCGUCAAUCUUAAAAAGACCACGCACACUGUAGGCCUUCAAAGAGGCCUGUGUAAUCAAUCACUCGUUUGUCGUCGAAGCUGGCACCACGUGAUUCCAUGCGCUAGAUUUCAAGAGGUCUUCGAGGCAACGAGUUAUUCCUGUGAGGUGGCGUUGCAGAACAAAGAUGAUCCUUCAGAAACUCCACAAGAUAGAAGGUGAAAUUGUACUUGGACUUUUGAGUUUAUAAAAACUGCAAUGGGUUGUGCCCCAAGUCUCCACUCCACUCGCACAGGGGUCCUUUUGUGUAAAGACGCUGAAGAUUCUAAUUCUGCCAAAUACAGCAGUUCCCAGGCGCAGUCCCAGUUCCAAGUCAUCAAGACCGAGUCCCAUUCAGACCAACCCUCAAGUGGCACAAUCUCCUUCACUAGUUCAUCAAAUAAAAGUAAAGUUGGGCCUUCAGAAAUGGUGGCAAGCAUGAGUCUUAAAGAACAUACAGAACAUCGAGGGAAAAGACUGGCUGUCAAGGUCUCAGAGAGUGAACUAACAUUCGGUCCAAUGCGGCUGAAACAGCAUACUAUGUCGAUUCUGCUGGUGUUUGGGAAGGAUGACGGGCAGAGCGAUAGCUUCUGGUUUGCAGCAGACAAAGCCGGAUAUAAAUGCAACCUCGCUCGUAACUCGGAGACCGCCUUGGACAUCUUUCUGGACAAACACCCAGAUGUCGUAGUUAUCGAUCAUAGACAUUCCAAGCACUUUGAUGCAGAGACCUUAUGCAGGUCUAUUAGAGCAACCAAAGCCAGUAAAUACACAAUACUUAUAGCUGUUACCAAAAAGACUUCUUCAGACAGAGAAGAAGCACCAAUCUUACCUCUUUUACAAGCAGGAUUCAAUAGGCGUUUUAUAGAAAACCAUAAUGUAGGCACAUGUUUGAAUGAGUUGGUCUCCAUAGAACAUGGCGAGUUACGAUCCCAGCUUAAAUUACGUGCAUGCGAUGCAUUAUUCGCAGCAUUAGAACACAGCAGUGAUGCUAUUGAAAUCACCAGCAAGGACCAUAUUGUACAGUAUGUGAACCCUGCCUAUGAGAGCAUGCUUGGUUAUACCUUAGAUGAGCUUCUCGGGAAAGAUAUCCGGAAGCUGCCUAAUUGUGAGAAGAACAACGCUGAGCACCAAGAGAAUGUGUUUGCUCAGUUAAAGAAAGGGAAGUCUUGGGAAGGCACAUGUUAUGCAAAGAAGAAGACUGGAGAGAGCCUGUGUCACCACUGUCACAUUCUUCCAGUUGAAGGUGGAGGAGGAAAAAUCCGGCAUUAUGUAGCAAUACGCAACCCAGCCCCUGAAAACUGCCAGUUAGAUAGGUACCACAGGGACUGUGAACACUCUGACCACCACAGUUCUAAGCCCCAUGAUUACCGAUCUCAGCGGAAAGGAUCCUGUGAUAUGAGAUCAAUAUCCAGCUCAGAUGUGUGUCAUCUUGCAGAUUUGUUUUGGCCUCCAGGGGGACACAUCCACAGCAGACGACGGGAUUCAGCAGCCAGGAUUCACUCCAUGACAAUAGAGGCUCCAAUCAAUAAGGUGAUAAAUAUCAUCAAUGCUGCACAAGAAAACAGUCCUCUCACCGUGGUUCAGGCCUUGGAUAAAGUCUUGGAAAUCCUACGGACGACUGAGCUGUACUCCCCGCAUCUUACAUCACAGCAAGUCAGGGAGGAGGAUCAGAUGACUAGCGACUUGGUGGGGGGACUCAUGUCGUCACAAGGCUCUGUAAGAUCUGCUGAGCAAGAGCAAGGAACAACAAAGAGAAGGAUGUCAUCCACAGAUAAAUUUAGUCACCACAGUCACAUUCCUCAGCAGUUGCCUGCCACAAUGCUGUCUCAGGUCCCAGCAGACAUCUCCAGACUCCUAGAGACUGAACCCCAGUGGGAGUUCAAUAUACUGGAACUGGAAAGACUCACUAACAGGAGGCCCUUAGCAUAUUUGGCAAUGAAGACAUUCACACGGUUCAAUGUUUGUGAAUUUCUAAAUACCAGUGAAACCACCAUGUGGAACUGGUUGCAGCUUAUUGAAGCCAAAUAUCACAGCAGCAACAAAUAUCACAACUCCACACAUGCUGCCGAUGUCAUGCAGUCAACAGCCUACUUCCUGGAAAGACAAAGAAUCAAGAGUUUAUUUGAUCACAUGGACGAAGUGGCAUCGCUGAUUGCCGCAGUGGUCCAUGAUGUGGAUCACCCUGGGAAAACAAAUGCCUUCUUAGUCAAUGCUGGCAAUGACCUGGCACUUGUCUACAAUGAUCUAGCCGUCCUGGAAAGCCACCAUGUAUCUUUGGCUUUCCGCCUGUCUGCACAGAAUGAUGACGUCAAUAUAUUUAAGAACUUGGAGAGAGAUGAUUUCCGUGCUAUGCGCCAGAUGAUUAUUGACAUGGUUCUGGCAACUGAACUCACCAAACAUUUUGAGCAUUUAUCAAAGUUUGUAAACUGUACAAAGCAUUUUGUGGAAAAAGAAGAGGAGGAUUUCUCACUGAAUGGGUCUCAAGAUGCUCAAACUACAUUAUCCUUGCCAGAGAACAAAGCUGUUAUCAAGCGUAUGAUCAUCAAAUGUUCUGAUGUGUCUAACCCAGCCAGGCCAUUCUACUUGUGCAAAGAGUGGGCUCUAAGAAUAGCAGAAGAAUACUUUCAGCAGACUGAUGAGGAGAAGUCGCUUGGUCUGCCAGUGGUGAUGCCAGUAUUUGAUAGGAAAACUUGCAGUAUACCUAAGUCACAGAUUAGUUUUAUUGACUUUUUCAUAAAUGAGAUGUUUGAGGCAUGGGAUGACUUUGCUGAUGUCCCUGACCUGAUUGGGUACCUCCAAGAGAACUACAGGUGUUGGCAGACUCAGCAAAAGGAAGAACAGGACAAACAACAGAAGCAGAGCAGCACAGAACAAGAAGAUGGAACAGAAAGUGAACAAACUACAGAAAACGGUGCCAGGGAAGAACAACAGAUGAGUAAUGGGGAUCUGGAAUCUACAGGCACAAAGAAAGUUACAAUAAAAGACAGAGAGCCAGUGGCACAACAAGAAAGCUUGACAGUAGAAGAUGUAUCAGAAGAGUUAUCUUAGCAGCAAUGUACACAUGGUCCCACACAGAGUGUGGAAAAAGAUGUAUUAAAAACAGAUUAUGAAAAUGUAAAAAUGCACUGCGUAAGUUCAAAUAGUGUUUGUUAUGAUUGUGACCAGAGGAUGGGUCACAGAAUUGUGUUCACCACGGUGUCUGUAUUAACAGAUAGAGAUAAAAAAAAAAUUUAUGAUUAUUUUCUGCAUCUUACAGAUGACGUAUCUGUCUGAAAUAUCCAGUAGAUAUUGUCUUUUUGACAGUUGUUUUAGUUUGGUGUUAUUGCACCAUAAAUCAAACUUGACGGUUUGAGUGUUGGUACCCCCUGUUAUGUAUGCCCCUCUAACGUUUCUUUACUCCCCUUCACCUCAUUAGUAUAUAAUGUAUCUUGGUCAAUGUUUACACAGUGUUCUAAAAUAUUUUUACAGGAUGCAACUUUUUCAAAUUGUCUUUAAUUUUUUUGCCAAAAAGUUAGGCUUACACAUUAAAUGUUGAAGCACACUGCACAAAAUAGAAACCUCUCAGAUGUAAUCAAAGGGUGUGUGCCUUUCUGUGUCUUAUGUUACUGAGCAGGUACGCAUCGGACAUUCUGAGGCACGAACAUGUGUGUGUUAAUGGUUUAAAUUCUAAUGCAAGGCUGUUGCCUGAAUUUUGUUCAUUCACUGUAUGUUGUGAUGCAGGUUGUUAGAGGUGUACAGUGAAUUAUUGGAAAGAAACAAGCAGAUGUGUCAAGUCUUAGCCCCUUUCCAAAAACACUUGAUAUGUAAACAUUCUAGUU